AGCAUCCCCGGCGGGCCUGGCGGGAGGCCCCGGGGCUGCGGCGCCGGCGGCCGCGACUCGGCCCGCAGUCGACAUGGCCAGCUCCGGAGAGGACAUGUCCAACGAUGGCGACGUGCCCCCCACAGUGGCCUCGGUGGCGGAUGGUGCCCACCUGCUGGGCUUCUCUGACGAGAUCCUCCUGCAUAUCCUGAGCCACAUCCCCAGCACAGACUUGGUGCUGAAUGUCCGGCGCACCUGCCGGAAGCUCGCAGUGCUGUGCCUGGACAAGAGCCUCAUCCACACCGUGCUGCUGCAGAAGGACUAUGAGGCGAGCGAGGACAAGGUGAAGCAGCUUGUGAAGGAGAUCGGCCGCGAGAUCCAGCAACUCAACAUGGCCGGCUGCUACUGGCUCUCGGGCUCCACCAUCGAGCACGUCGCCCGCUGCCGCAGCCUGGUGAAAGUGAACCUGUCGGGUUGCCACCUGACCUCCCUGCGCCUCUCCAAGAUGCUCUCGGUCCUGCAGCACCUGCGCUCCCUGGCCAUCGACGUGAGCCCCGGCUUCGACGCCAGCCAGCUGAGCGGCGAGUGCAAGGCCACGCUGAGCCGCGUGCGGGAGCUCAAGCAGACGCUGUACACGCCCUCCUACGGCGUCGUGCCCUGCUGCACCAGCCUCGAGAAGCUGCUGCUCUACUUUGAGAUCCUUGACCGCACGCGCGAGGGCGCCAUCCUCUCGGGCCAGCUCAUGGUGGGCCAGAGCAACGUGCCCCACUACCAGAACCUGCGGGUCUUCUACGCCCGCCUGGCCCCCGGCUACAUCAACCAGGAGGUGGUGCGGCUGUACCUGGCCGUGCUCAGCGACCGCACGCCUGAGAACCUGCACGCCUUCCUCAUCUCUGUGCCCGGCAGCUUCGCUGAGAGCGGGGCCACCAAGAACCUGCUGGACUCCAUGGCCCGCAACGUCGCGCUGGAUGCCCUGCAGCUGCCCAAGUCCUGGCUCAACGGCUCGUCCCUCCUCCAGCACAUGAAGUUCAACAACCCCUUUUACUUCAGCUUCAGCCGGUGCACGCUGUCUGGUGGUCACCUGAUCCAGCGGGUCAUCAACGGCGGGAAGGACCUCCGCAGCCUGGCCAGCCUGAACCUCAGCGGCUGCGUGCACUGCCUGUCCCCAGACUCCCUGCUCCGCAAGGCAGAGGACGAGAUCGACAGCAGCAUCCUGGAGACGCUGGUGGUGUCCUGCUGCAACCUGCGGCACCUCAACCUCUCGGCCGCCCACCACCACAGCUCCGAGGGCCCGGGCAGGCACCUGUGCCAGCUGCUGGCCCGGCUGCGCCACCUGCGCUCUCUGUCCCUGCCCGUCUGCUCCGUGGCUGACUCUGCACCGCGGGCCGACCGUGCUCCCGCCCAACCUGCGAUGCACGCCGUGCCCCGCGGCUUUGGCAAGAAGGUCCGCAUCGGCGUGCCGUCCUGUCCCAGCCCCUUCUCAGGGCAGGCGGUCCCUCAGCCUUCCUCCGUGUUCUGGUGUCUGCUGAAGAAUGUGCCCUUUCUGGAACGCCUCGAGCUGAUCGGGUCCAACUUCUCCUCUGCCAUGCCGCGCAAUGAGCCUGCCAUCCGCAACUCCCUCCCGCCCUGCAGCCGGGCGCAGAACGUUGGGGACUCAGAGGUGGCUGCCAUCGGCCAGCUGGCCUUCCUGAGACACCUGACGCUGGCCCAGCUGCCCAGCAUUCUGACGGGCUCUGGGCUGGUCAGCAUCGGCCUGCAGUGCCAGCAGCUUCAGUCCCUCUCGCUGGCCAACCUGGGCAUGAUGGGGAAGGUGGUCUACAUGUCUGCCCUCUCGGACAUGCUGAAGCAUUGCAAGCGGCUGAAGGACCUCAGGCUGGAGCAGCCCUACUUCAGUGCCAACGCCCAGUUCUUCCAGGCGCUGAGCCAGUGCUCCGCGCUGCAGCGCCUGUGCCUGGUCUCCCGCAGCGGCACCCUCCAGCCCGAGGCCGUGCUGGCCUUCAUGGCCCGCUGCCUGCAUGUCGUCGUGUGCCACAUGUUCACUGGGGAGUCCCUCACCACCUGCAAGAGCCUGCAGCAGUCCCUCCUCCGAAGUUUCCAGGCAGAGCGGCCCGCGCUGAAUGUUGUCAUCUUCCCUCUGCUCCACGAGGGCCUGACUGAUGUCAUCCGGGACGUCCCCAUGGUGCACCUUGACGAGAUCACCUUAUUUAAAAGCAGAGUGGCCGAGGAGCCCCCAAACCUGUGGUGGUGACAGGCAUGGCCCAGCACUGGGCGAAGCUGCUUCUGUUGGCCAAGCUGCCCUGCCCGCUGCCUGUUGCCUCUGUAAGUCUCCGUGGCCGAGGCAGCAGGACUGCCCCAAACUGCCUCGGCCGCCACUGCUGCGCACCGCCUGCCCGAGGCCCCCGGGACCCAUUGAUGGGUCACAGGAGGAAGGAAGACCUCUCUCCCCUGCCGUCCUGCGCACCCACCCUAUCUCCUGGGGCCUUCCGAUGCUUCCUCUUGUGAGGCCUCGUCGCUCAGUGAAAUUUGGGUUGAGAUGGCGUGAGGAGGAUCAGGCGGGGAGAGCCGGCUGUCAGGGCGAUCUUGACCUUCUUAACCUGAGACGUGGAUCGUCGGGGCGCUGACUCCUUAGGGGCCCUGACCAGGUCCCCAGGGCGCCACGUGGCCCCAGUGCUGCCCCUUCACUUCAGCCCCUGAGUGUCUCUUUGCUCUUGUGUUCCUGAUCACCUGCCACCGGGCUCCUUGGAGGGGUACGCUGGGGCCUGCUGCUGGGGGUGCCUGUGCUGGGUGGGUGGACAUGCUCACUCUGUGAGAUGACCACGUUGACGUCCGCGACGGCGAGGCUGGUGACCACAUGUCUGAGCGUCCCAACCUCUGACCAGCUGUGUGCGGGACCCAGUGAGGAGCUCGCAGGUCUCGUGGCUGCAGAUUUGGGGUCUCCUUCCCAGUGAGGCAUGUUUUAACCCGAUGGUGUCUCCCGUAUGUUUCCCACCAGAUGCUGUCAGACAAGUUCGGGCCAGUGGCUGGGCAGGGACCCCUGGGUCUGGGAUGGCUGGGCGCCUGAGCAGAGUCUGCCGCACAGCAGUUAUGGCGUUCAGCUUUAGAAACUGCAGUUCCCUGCGAAGAUGUGUAUUUCUGGGGAAUAUGGAUAUACCUGGCUUCAUUAGAGAAACUUGAAGUAUUAAAACCCAGGAAGGAUGUUUAAGGCCAGAGUAGUGAUCAGAUUACCUGUUUCAGAUAGCUUUAUUUAGCACUUUAAAAAAGUUCCACGCAGCUAUUCCAAAACUGAGGAACGACCUCCAGUGUCCAGGGCCUCACCCCCUGUGUCUCUGCCUUCUCAGCUGCAAGGUCUCCCCAGAGCCGUCCUCCCCUCAUCUGGUGGGGACCCACAGUUGGGUUUUCUCCACCUGGUCACUUGGUGACGCUUCUGGAGACUUCCAGGGAGGGCUGAGAAUCGCUGGGACCGCUUCCAUCCAGGGGCACCUCGGUCUCCACAGAGGCUGCCUCCCCAGGACCCGGGCCUGUCUCCACCAGCCUCUUUCUCCCUCUGGGUUGUGGGUGCAGAGCCCACCAGGCCCUGCUCACACUGCUGGUGCCCAUCUCGACUGCCGUCUGCUCUGUGGCGCCCAGCCUGGCCAUCUUCCUGCUCUGUUUCCGUAGGGACAAUCACCCCCAUUCCAUGUAGCGUGUCCUGCAGUUUACCUGCUAUUGAAAGACCGGGUUUCUGGCCCCUGGGCAUUCAUUCACCUGCCCUUCCCUGGUUCUCAAAGGCAGCCCGUUUAGCAGUGCCCACCCAGCCAGGCCUGGGGGUCCAGAAGGCCUUCUGAUGGCGACUGCAGGAACCGAGGACUCCUGGGGUCAGGGCCUCAGGAGGAGCACAGGCCUCUGCAUGCUCUGGCUGAAUCUUCCAUCAGUGCAGUGUGUCUGGCAGCUCUGGCUGUGCUCUUCUCCCAUGCAGACGAUGUGUCUGUAGGUGGAGCUGGGGUGAGCGCUCCUCCCCCUUCACCCUGUUUUCUUGCCGUGGGUCAGUCAUCUCCUCUCUGGAGCAUGGGGUGCCCUCUCCCUGCCCUGGGCUGUGGCUGGCGGCUCUUUGCCUCCUGUCUGGAGGAGCCGGUCUGCAGGCUGCCUCCAGUGAAAGCCCAAUAGCCUGCACCUUGUCAGUCCUGACCUGGCCUGAGAGCCACUACCUGGGUCCCGUCCCUUCUUGGCCUUGGAGGCCACAGGACAGGCUGCCCUGGACCCGGAGAGACAAGGCUGAGGUCCCCAUUGGGGCCACGCUGCUGUAGAUGAGGGUCUGAGAGGUGAUGGGCACCCCCGCGUUUCUGUGCUUUUCUUUCAGAUGGCGCACAGAGACCACCAGGCCGGGGUGGUGUGGGGACUCACCACUCCUUGUGCUCAAUGCAAGGGUGUGGCUGGUUGCAGCCUGACCGGCAGGGGGAUGCGGCCCAGGAGGGAGGCAGGUGGCCUGGCUGACUCCAGGACCCCUGUGAGCCAGGCCCAGCCCACCCCCGGGGGCCCUGGGUGGCUCUGGGUGCCCUUCUUUUCUUCCAGAGCCCCCAGGCGCAGGCCAGAGAAUGAUCUUUCCACCAGGAAUCUAUCCAAAGGUUGCAGUUGUGUCUUCACGCUCUUGCCUGGAUGGCCUGUUCUCCUGAGCAAGCGGUUUUAACCAGAGCAUCAUUUAUGCCAACAAACAGGCCUGGGAGGGGCUGUUCACAAGAGGCUGGGGCGCGAACUGCCUUGGAAAGCAGCCCCCAGCAGCAGACUUUGUAUUCUUAGUGUCCCCUGCAACCAUCCUUUUACUUAGAGCAAGAAUUUCCGCUGCUUCUACACCCGAGACAGGAUUCACCAGAUGUUAAUAAUGUGCUUAUUCUCGCUAAGUGCUAUUUUGGCACCAGUGUUAAUUGCAAUUUAUAUUCUGCAGCAUUUUAUGCUGGGAAAAGAACCCACCCUAAUGGUCCCCAAUUGGCAGAACUGGGUUGUUAAGCGGCGGACCAUAUGCUGCCUGCUGCGAGGGGCCUGGUCACCACUGUGCCCGCGUGUGUGCAUCUCUGCUGUGCACGUGUGUGUGCGUGCAUGUGCAUGGUGUGUGCGUGUGUCUGUAUGCAUACACAUGAGGGUGUAGUCUGCUGUGUGUGCGUGCACGUGUGUACAUCUGUGUGCACAUCUCUGUGUGUGUGAUCAAGCGUCUGCUUGUGCAUGCAUACACGUGUGUGCGUGGUGUGUGAGAGAGAGAGAGACUGGGGGAGCGGGAAUGAAGAAGGAGGAGAUCAGGGCAUUGUCCCUUUGUUAGAAAGAGAAACUCCCAACCUCCCAGGGCCCCCCCUCCCACCCAUGUCCCACACCCCGUGGUUCACUCCUCCCCCAGCUGCUCCCAGCCCUGCGUCCUGUGGCCCUGCCUGCCCUGGGGGCUUCGACUUAGCUGCCACACCACUAAGCAACCUGGCUGGCCGGGUCCGAAGGUGCUCCUCAGGGGAGACAUCUUGAGCCUGAGGAAAGCUGAGGCCUGCAGGCUCCCUUCCUUGCUGUAGGUGGCUUUUCUCAUUUUCACGUGCAAGUAUUUUUAUUUCCAAGCUCCAAGCCCGAGGAGGCUGGAUUGGGAACACUUUUUCAUACAAUGAGGGGGUGGGUUUUAUCCCUGCCUGUCAGCUACCCUUCCGAGGACCCGAGGAGACACAGGUUCCAGGGUCCCUUCUCCAGGAGGCCUGCGUGCAGCAGGAAGGCGCUUUCCACUCAAGCUGGGGCUGAGGCCCAGGACAGGCCCUGGGACUGACGCGCUGUCCCCCUCGGGCAGCUCUGCAAGGCUGGGUGUUGAGAGUGACACUCCCUUAAUCGCCCCUGCACCAGGACCCAGAGCUGCAGGCCACUCGGCCCAGGGGACAGAAGCUUGGCGGAGGCCUGGGCUGGGAAAGCUGGGCCGUGGGAGCUGUGGGACCUGGGUCUCUGUUGGGUCACAAGGGUCUAAAACCAGCGCACGCAGCCUUGACUGUGCCAGCGGUCUCCCCGAGUCGGAGCCAAGAAGGCGGCGAUCCCCACUGCCCCGGCCCCGCCUCGCAGGAAGGGGACCCUGCCUCGUGGACCCCUCACGUCGUCCUCGAGCAGCGCUGGGGCAGCGGGCAGCCUCCCGCCUCCUCUCGCCCUCAUAUUUGCUCCUUCAGGAUUUGAAAAUUGCUGAGACCUUAUAAGAAAAGAUAGGAGAAAUGAGCGGAUGACGAUGAUGAUGAGGUGUGGCUGUUGGCCGCGGGGUCCAGUGGUUUCAGCUGUAAAACCUGAGGCGAGGGAGACGUGGAUGCCGACGCCCGUGGUCUUUUGGCCUCCACCCUGAGUCCCCUGUACCCCUUUGACAGGACAGGGACGGGAUUGCAUGGGAGGGGCUCGGAGCCGCUUGUGAUGGUCACCAAUCUCAUUUGCACUGGGGGCGCAGAAUUUUAAUGAGAAGUGUCUGAGGUCCCCUGGGCGUGAGGAUCAGAUACCCACAGAAAUUUUUUAAAACUGCAGUUCUGACACAGCCCAACCACUGUCGUCUAAAUGACUUUUUAAAGCUCUUUUAAAACACACUGAAGUGUGAGGUUUUGCGCCAAUAUCCCAGGGUCAGGGCACUGCUGCGCCCUGCUCCAGGCCAGCCGGCCCCGGGGAUUAAGGGUGACCGGGCUGCCUGUUGGCCUUGUACAUCAUGGAACCGAGGCCAGGGCCCAAGGACUGGGUCUAGAGCAGAAGCCGCCUCUCUGCUAAACCCACCAAGGGCGUGGCUUUCCAUCGAACCCUGACUGGGUGUGAGCUGGAGGUGGGGUGGGUGAGGCGACCGUGG